GUUACUUUUGGGCCGAGCCAUAGGCUUGGCUUACUAAUAAAUCCCUUUUAUAGUUAAGGACCCUUUUCUCCCAACUGUGGCCCUCCAUGAUGGCCACCGGCGUCCUCGCCGGGAUUUGCUCUUUUAGAGUUAUCUUCGUCACUUACAGGGUUUCGACAAACUCAAAGUCUCGUCGGAACCCAUGUAGGGACGGUGUGCGUGCUUUCCUUGUUCACUCAAAACUGUAAUCAUCAAACAGUUUGGGUGUACGGUUGAAGAAAUGGAGGUGUACGGUUUAUUUUCUGAAAAUGCUCAAGACCUCAAGAGGAUGGAGACAUAUUCAUCAUGGGCCGACAAGAUCCGGUGUUUUUCAUCGAGAAUGAAAAAUUCUUCACCUUUUGUUGCUCAUAUCACUUGAGGAUCACUAUGCGGAACUGCACCUUGCCGAAUGAUGUCAUCCGACACAUUUCAACCAGCAUUCGAGCUAGAAGAUGCUGAUUUGACCCUGUUUAUUAUUGAAUUUGGAGGAUUCUUGUUGUUUUGUGGUAAAAGAGAUUCACGGAGAGAACACCGAUGGCUGACUUCAUCAGUCACCUCCCAGACCACAUCAUCUGCCUCAUCCUCUCUUUCCUACCCACCAAACAGUCUGUUGUAACGAGUACACUCUCCAAGAGAUGGAGACCCCUUUGGGCCCACGUCCCAACCCUCGAUCUCCACAGUGGGGCCCACCACCCGAAUUUCCCCGCAACAGUCGACCACGUCCUUUCCCUCCACGAAGCGUCGACCCUCGAAUCAUUUUCCCUCUACCAAGAGAACUCGACGGAUUUCACAGAGUCUGAGCUCGAGAACUGGAUCACUCUCGUCACCAAACGCAACGUGAAAAUCGUCGAACUCAAUUUCGACUCCGAAAUUAUGGUCAAAUUGCCGAAAUGCCUCUUCACGUGCCGGACCUUGGUCGAUCUGAGGCUCGAAAUUUGCGCCAUGCCCACUUUCACCGAGCCUUUAUCAUUACCCAGCCUCAAGAGACUCUACCUAUGUUUGGUUCAAUACGAGGUCAAUUAUGCCCUUCCUUGGCUGCUUGAGGGGUGUCCGGUUCUCGAGGAGUUGACUGUGAGUGGGAUUGCGAAUGCUUUGGACCAAUUGAUUGUGGCCUCGGACUCGUUGAGGAGUCUCGAGCUCGAACUCUUGUUUGACAAUGUGAAUUGUUUUGUGCUUGUGGAUGCUCCUGGGCUGAGGUGGAUUAAGGUGAACGAGUGCUCGUAUUUGCGUAUUGGGUUUAGGCGGGCGGUUAAUUACUUGGUUGAGGCGGAGAUUGGCUUCAAUGAUUACAUGUUUCAAGAGAAUGAGGUCCUCUGUGCUGUUGGUGUGCUGUGCUUUAUGCAGAGACUGUCUGGUGUGAGGAGGCUCAAAUUGUCGGGUUCGGUUGAGGAAUUUCCCGACCUUCCUACUGCCCAGUUAUACGUGUCGUUUAGCAAUUUAGUCAGCCUCGAACUAGCUACUGACUGGCGUAUUAUCCCAAAGAUCUUUAAGAGCGCAGAAAAUCUUGAAAUUCUCAUUAUCCAUAAGGGUUAUGAGAACCUGAAAAGGUGGUCAGAAGCCAUGGAGGGACAGUGUGCUUGCAUUCUCUAUUCCCUCAAAACUGUUGUGAUCUAUGAGUUCGGGUGGACAGAUGAAGAGUUAGAAGUUGUGCAGUUUAUUUUGGGAAAUGCUGGUGUUCUCAGGAAGAUGGAGAUAUGUUCCUCAGCUGACGGCAAUUCUCCCGAGACAAGACUCAACAUGCUCGAGAUAAUCCAGUCUUUUCAUCUACAAUCUGUAGAAUGCAAGCUCGUGUUUACGUGGGAGGAUUAAGCUUGGUUUUAACUGUUGGAUGAUUAGCACAAAUGUUACUUCUUUCAUAUUCGGGUGGUGACUGCAUCUUUGGAUUCGGAUUGUAUUUAGUAUUUUUAAAAAUUUAAAUAUUAUACACUAUAUUUUUUUUAAAUAGUGUCAGUUUAUAAUAUUUUCACAAUUUUUUAAAAUUACCGUCAUUUAUUUAGCAAUUAAUAUAAUAUAUUGUUAUAAGGCAUGUGUAUGAGUAAGGG